GUAAAAUUUUGUCAAAAAUAUGAUUCUCUAAAUUAUUUGUCUAUAAAUAUAUGUCUCAUUCAUCAUGUGAUCAAACAAUAUUUUCAACUUUCUCGAUUGUUUUUUUUCCCUUCUGACAUUGUUGAAACAAAAGAAAACAAGAGAACGUUUAGAGUUUAUAUAUAUGUUUUUAGGCUUGUAUAACCCUAAAACCAAAAAAAAAUUAGAAAAACAAAACGUUGCAAAUUAUUUCUCUUUUAGUUUGAGUCUUCAAUUGUUACUUUAGCUUUAAAUUCCAUCAACUCCUCAGCUCAUCCAACCAGAAAAAACAGAAAAAGCUCAUAUAAACAGAAGGGAAAAAGUAGAAGAAAACAAAUUCAAAAUUUUCUGGAUUUUGUGCAACUAGUGACUAGAGUCUCAACACAGGUCAUAAGGAACGGACACUGAUAACAAUUUCUGCCCAAUGGAUACCAUCAUUUCCUUUGUUGGAAGCAUAGCACCGAAUGCUUUUGCUCCUAUUCGAAGAGAAGUGAGUUAUUUGAUACGCUACGAACGUAAUUUCACCAAGCUAAGUGGUUCUGUUCGCGAUCUUCAAGCUUUAGGAGAAGAAAUAAAGCAUAGGGUGGAAGCUGAAAGAAGAAAUGGAAAAAUAAUUGAAGUUGUUGUUCAAAAUUGGUUGGUGGAGGUGAACGAGGUCAUUGAAAGGGCAAAUCAGCUCCUGGAAGAUCCUCGUCGUCGAGAGGUUGGGUGUUCGGGCUGGUCUUUCCCUAAUUUGAUUUUACGACAUAAGCUUGGCAAAAAGGCUACAAAGAUAGCAAAUGAUGUUGUUGAAGUUAAGGGAAGAAGAAGUGAUUUCAAUGAUGUUGGUUACCUUCCUGCUCUAUAUGAAAUUGCCCCUUCUUCUGCCACAUGUGUUGGUGAAAAGUUUGAGACAAGGGAGUUAUUUAAGGAGGGCAUCUUGAAGGCUCUCAAGGAUCCUAAAGCAUGCAAAAUUGGAGUCUAUGGUUUCGGUGGGGUGGGUAAGACCUUUCUGGUGAACGAAGUCGCUGAUAUAGCUAAACAACAAAAAUUGUUCGAUGCAGUGGUUAUCGCCCAUGUAUCCAAAACUCCAGAUAUUAAGAAAAUUCAAGAGGUGAUUGCAGAUACGUUGGGUCUAACAUUUGGAGAAGUAAGUACUGAGCGUAGAGCUGAUCGCCUAAAGAUGAGAAUUAAAGCUGAGAAAUCUGUCCUUGUUAUUCUAGAUGAUAUUUGGCAGAAACUUGAUCUGGUUAAAGAAGUAGGAAUUCCAUCCAACAAGGAACACAUUGGUUGCAAAUUGUUGAUGACCUCUAGAACUCAAGAUGUGUUGUUGCAAAUGGACGUCAAAAAGGAUUUCACUUUCAGACUUAAAUUUCUAAGUGAACUAGAAACAUGGAGCUUGUUUCAAUCUAUGGCAGAGGAUGUGGUUAACGAUAUCAGUUUCAAAUAUGUAGCAACUGAAAUUGCUAAACAAUGUAAAGGUUUGCCUCUUCUCAUAGUGACAAUGGCAAGCGGAUUGAAAAGUAAGGAUAUUUAUGCUUGGAAUGAUGCAUUGAGCAAAUUACAAAAUGUUGGUCAUGAGAAAAUGGAUGUCAUAACUCAUUCUGCUUUAGAGUUGAGUUACAACUGGUUGGCAACUGACGAAACUAAGGCACUCUUCUUGCUUUCUGCUGUACUAGGACAAUAUGGUGAAGAUUACUUAUUGAAAGUUGCAAUGGGUUUGGAGAUAUUCAACAAUAUAAGUACUGUGGAUGCUGCAAGAAACAGACUUCAUACUAUAAUUGGAUCAUUGAAAGCAUCUUGCCUUUUACUUGAAGGUGAUAAGAGAAGUCGGCGAAUCCAAAUGCAUGACCUUGUUCGUGAUGUAGGCAUCUCCAUAGCAUGUAGGAAUAAAGAUGUUUAUAUUUUGAAACCAAAGACUGGUUUGAAGGAAUAUCUUACCGUGGAUUUUCCGAAAAUGUGCUCACAGAUCAUCUUAAAUAAUUGUCCUUUACAAGAGCUUCCAAAAAAGUUAGAUUGUCCUAAUCUUAAACUUUUUGUUUUGAACAGUGCAAAUCGUUCUUUAGAAAUCCCAGAUACUAUUUUUGAUGGGAUAGGAAGCCUUAAAGUGUUAGAUUUAACACUUUUGAACUUGUCUUCAUUACCCACUUCUUUUUGUUCCCUAACAGGCCUUCAGACAUUGUGUUUGGACCAAUGCAUUUUGGGAAAUAUGGAUAUAAUAGGAGAUUUGAAAAACUUAGAAAUUCUUAGUCUUCGUAAAUCUUCGAUGAUGAAAUUGCCAAGCCAAAUAAGGGAAAUGACUCAACUAAGAAUGCUUGAUUUGAGCAAUUCUGGAAUAGAAGUCAUCCCACCCAACAUCAUUUCAAGCUUGUCUAACUUAGAGGAGCUGUAUAUGGGCAAUAUCUCCAUCAAGUGGGAAGAUGAGAAUUCAGUCGAGCAAAAAGAAAAUGAUAUCCUUGCUGAGCUUCAACAAUUGUACAAGUUGACAACUCUAGAAUUACAAAUUCACAAGGCUCGGCCUUUGCCAUACUUAAAUUCAAUGUUUGAAAAGCUGCAAAGAUAUAAAAUAGCCAUCGGAGAUGUAUGGGAAUGGUCUGACAUUAAAGACACAACCUUGAAAACAUUGAUGCUCAAACUUGAUACGAGCAUAAGUUCGGAGCUGGGGAUUAAAGCAUUAAUUAAAGGAGUCGAGAAUUUGUACAUGGAUGAAGUAGAUGGCAUUCAGAAUGUGUUGUAUGAAAUGAACGGGGAAGGUUUUCCAUUGUUGAGGCACCUCCACAUCCAAAACAAUGCAAAAAUGAAGCACAUAGUUUACUCUAUGGGGAGGAACCAAGUCCAUGUUUCCUUUCUGAAUUUGGAAACUCUUUCAAUUAAUAAUCUUGAAAAUUUGGAGCAGAUAUGUCAUGGCCCGCUUGCUAUUAAUUCUUUUGGUAAUCUCAGUGUUAUCAAAGCAAAAAAUUGUGCCCAAUUGACAUAUCUUCUCUCCUUAUCAAUGGUUAAAAGUCUUUCCAAUCUUUCUGAGAUCGAAGUUUGUCAAUGCAAUUCUAUGAAGAACAUAGUGCUUGGAGACUUGCCUGAUGAAAAAGUAGAGUUUUGUUCUUUGCGUUCUUUAACUUUACAACACUUGGAUACACUUGAUAACUUUUUCUCUUAUGAGCUGAUGACAUCUUUGAUAACUUCUGCACGGCCAUUUUUUAGUGCUCAGGUUGCAUUCCCUGAUUUGACAACCCUUAAAUUGAGCUCACUCAAUUUAGAUAAAAUUUGGAAUGACAAUCAAUAUUCUAUGUACAACUUGUCAGUCUUGAUUGUGGAGAACUGUGGUGAGCUAAAGUACUUAUUUUCUUCUACCAUGGUUGAAACUUUUGUAAACCUCAAACGGCUUGAAAUUAGUAAAUGUAAUUUGAUGAAUGAGAUAAUAGCUACAGAAAGGAGAAACGAUGUUACUAUUGCAUUGAAUGAGGUUCCAUUUCCCAAAUUGGAGACAAUCGUGCUGAAGGACAUGGAAAAUUUGAAGACAGUUUGGCAUUACCAAUUUGACACAGUGAAGACGAUGGAAGUCCAAAAUUGUGAGAAAAUUGUGGUUGUUUUUCCUUCCUCAAUGCAGAAGACUUAUCAUAAUCUGGAGAAGUUAGUGGUUAAGGAUUGUGCUUUAGUGGAACUUAUAUUUGAAUUGAGUUCUAGUGAAAAUAGCAGCAUAGAAAGUGAAACACAAUUGAAAGUAAUUACUUUAGAUCGAUUGCCGAAGCUGAAAAAGAUAUGGAGCAGAGAUCCUGAAGGAAUUCUUAGUUUUCAUAAUCUACAAAAUCUUGAUCUAAAUGAGUGUGAAAGUAUGGAGUAUGUAUUUCCACUUUCUGUAGCCACUGGCUGCCGACAUCUCGAACAACUUCAUAUAGAAUAUUGUGGGAAGAUGAAGGAAAUUGUUUCAGAGAAGACAGGAUCUACGUGUGCAAGUCCCAGAUUUGAGUUUAAUAAGCUAAAUACUAUAGAGCUUUUGGGCUUACAUUCACUCAAGGGCUUCUAUGAAGGAAAUCAUAUUCUAGCAUGCCCCUCUUUGAAAAAACUAGAAGUUCUAGAAUGUGCAAAGUUGAAUUUAUACAAAACUGUAGCUGUGUCUGGAAGCAUCCCCCAAAGAUGUCAAGAAGAUAAUCUCUCAGAUUUAUUCCAACCACUUUUCAUUGUGGAAGAGGUGAUUCCAAACUUGGAGUCGAUGAUAAUAAACGAUAGGGAUGCUAUGGUGAUAUUGAAAUCACAAAAUUUAGAUUCCCUCUUCAACAAAUUGACAUCUCUUGGUUUGUAUGAUUUUAAGAAUGAAGAGGCUACAUUUCCUUACUGGUUUCUCCAAAAUGCACGUUCUCUUGAACACCUAGUUGUUGUAGACAGUUCCUUCAAGAAGAUAUUUGAAGAUGAAAGACUAGUGAGUAUGAAAAUUCACACACGCCUCAAAAAGUUGUGGCUUUUUCAAUUACCUAAACUUCAGCAUAUAUGUGAAGAUGGAUCUCUAAUUCACCCACUUCUUGAGCAUCUUGAACAGUUAGAUAUUUUUUAUUGUCCUAGUUUGACAAAUUUGUUGUUGCCUUCCUCCGUCAACUUUAGUCACCUGACAUAUUUGAAGAUAACAAGAUGCAAUAAACUGGUAAAUUUAAUAUCAUCCUCGACUGCGCAAAGUUUGGUAAAACUCACAGUAUUGAAGGUACAGAACUGUGACUCACUACAAGAAAUAAUAACGGGAAAGGAAAAUGUUGAUAUUGCAUUUGUUAGUCUUAAAAGAUUGAUGCUCAAAGGUUUGCCAAGCCUCAACAACUUUUGCUCAAGUAAGUGUUUCUUGAAGUUUCCAUUGUUGGAGUAUGUAGUUGUGAGCAACUGUCCUGUCAUGGAGAUAUUCUCUGAGGGAAACACAAGCACACCAAGUCUUCGAAAUGUCAAAAUUGAAGAAAAUGGUGAAGAAUGUUAUUGGAAGGGGAACCUAAAUGAUACCAUAAAAAAAAUGUUUGAAGAUAAGGUUGCAUUGACAACCCUUAAAUUGAGUCCACUCAAUUUAGAUAAAAUUUGGAACAGUCAACAUUCUAUGUACAACUUGUCAGUCUUGAUUGUGGAGAACUGUGGUGAGCUAAAGUACUUAUUUUCUUCUACCAUGGUUGAAACUUUUGUUAACCUCAAACGGGUUGAAAUUAGUAAAUGUAAUUCCAUGAAUGAGAUAAUAGCUACAGAAAGGAGAAACGAUGUUACUAUUGCAUUGAAUGAGGUUCCAUUUCCCAAAUUGGAGACAAUCAUGCUGAAGGACAUGGAAAAUUUGAAGACAGUAUGGCAUUACCAAUUUGACACAGUGAAGACGUUGGAAGUCGAAAAUUGUGAGAAAAUUGUGGUUGUUUUUCCUUCCUCAAUGCAGAAGACUUAUCAUAAUCUGGAGAAGUUAGUGGUUAAGGAUUGUGCUUUAGUGGAAAAUAUAUUUGAAUUGAGUUCUAUUGAAAAUAGCAGCAUAGAAAGUGAAACACAGUUGAAGGUAAUUACUUUAGAUGGAUUGCCGAAGCUGAAAAAGAUAUGGAGCAGAGAUCCUGAAGGAAUUCUUAGUUUUCAUAAUCUACAAAAUGUUGAUCUAAAUGAGUGUAAAAGUAUGGAGUAUGUAUUUCCAUUUUCUGUAGCCACUGGCUGCCCACAUCUCGAAGAACUUCAGAUAAAAUGGUGUUUGGAAAUAAAGGAAAUUGUUUCAGAGAAAAGACAAUCUACGUGUGCAAGUCCCACAUUUGAGUUUAAUAAGCUAAAUACUAUAGUGCUUUGGCGCUUACAUUCACUCAAGGGAUUCUAUGAAGGAAAUCAUAUUCUAGCAUGCCCUUCUUUGAGAAGACUAGAUGUUUCAGAAUGUGCAAAGUUGAAUUUAUACAAAACUGUAGCUCUGUCUGCAAGCAUCCCCCAAAGAUGUCAAGAAGAUAAUCUCUCAGAUUUAUUAUUCCAACCACUUUUCACUGUGGAAGAGGUGAUUCCAAACUUGGAGUCGAUGACAAUAAACGAUAGGGAUGCUAUGGUGAUAUUGAAAUCACAAAAUUUAGAUUCCCUCUUCAACAAAUUGACAUCUCUUGGUUUGUAUGAUUUUAAGAAUGAAGAGGCUACAUUUCCUUACUGGUUUCUCCAAAAUGCACGUUCUCUUGAAGAGCUAGUUGUUGCAGACAGUUCCUUCAAGAAGAUAUUUGAAUAUGAAAGACUAGUGACUAUGAAAAUUCACACACGCCUCAAAAAGUUGUGGCUUUUUCAAUUACCUAAACUUCAGCAUAUAUGUGAAGAUGGAUCUCUAAUUCACCCACUUCUUGAGCAUCUUGAAAGCUUAUUUAUUAAAGAUUGUCCUAGUUUGACAAAUUUGUUGUUGCCUUCCUCUGUCACCUUUAGUCACCUAACAAAUUUGGAGAUAACAAAAUGCAAUAAACUUGUAAAUUUAAUAACAUCCUCGACUGCGCAAAGUUUGGUAAAACUCAAAGAAUUGAAUGUAGAGGACUGUGACUCACUGCAAGAAAUAAUAAUGGGAAAGGAAAAUGUUGAUAUUGCAUUUGUUAGUCUUCAAAUAUUGGUGCUCAAAGGUUUGCCAAGCCUCAACAACUUUUGCUCAAGUAAGUGUUUCUUGAAGUUUCCAUUGUUGGAGUAUGUAGUUGUGAGCAACUGUCCUGUCAUGGAGAUAUUCUCUGAGGGAAACACAAGCACACAAAGUCUUCGAAAUGUCAAAAUUGAAGAAAAUGGUGAAGAAUGUUAUUGGAAGGGGAACCUAAAUGAUACCAUAAAAAAGAUGUUUGAAGAUAAGUCCUUGUCAUAAAAACCGGUCUGGUCCUGGUUUGGCAUGCUGUGGCGUGAGGUAUUUGAAAGUCCCAAAAUGAUGCUAUCUACUCCGACAAGGUUUAGAGUAUUGAACAAUUGGUGGAUGAGUUAAAUUAUUUUCUUGAAAAUGGUUGUUGAUCAUCUGUCACCUGGAGUGUGCUUCUUUUAGCCUUUUGCAGUGUGGAUUAUUUUGUUCUUUUAUUUAAAUUAUUUUGUUCUGUAGGCUCUUGCUUCUCCUGUAAUUGGGUGAAGUAAAGUAUCUUGUAAUUGUUUCAAAAAAGAAAAAAAGUAUCAUCAUAAAUUUUUCUCCUGUAUUGUUGGGUUUUAAGUAAUUUAAUUUGAUAUGUAACAUGUAACUCUGGUGGUGAAGUUAUUCUGCUUAAUAAAUUAUCAUCAUAAACAUUCAAGUUA